AUGAACCAGUCCCGAUGGAUUGAAUGGAGGACUCUGAAUAUGAGCAGUAGUGUUAUGAACAUAUCUGAGCAUCUGUCCUGCCCUCUUGGAUUUGGUCACUACAAUGCAGUUGACAUCUGUAUCCUUGAGACAGUUGUUAUUGUCUUGCUAACGUUUUUAAUUAUUGCGGGUAACUUAACUGUGAUAUUUGUUUUUCACUGUGCUCCACUUCUGCAUCAUUAUACCACCAGCUAUUUUAUUCAGACUAUGGCCUAUGCUGAUCUCUUUGUUGGAGUUAGCUGCUUGGUUCCUACUUUGUCACUGCUCCACUACUCGACAGGUGUCCACGAGUCCUUGACUUGUCAAGUUUUUGGAUAUAUCAUCUCUGUGCUAAAAAGCGUAUCUAUGGCAUGUCUUGCUUGCAUCAGUGUGGAUCGCUAUCUCGCUAUAACAAAGCCUCUCUCCUAUAACCAACUGGUCACACCUUGUCGUUUGAGAAUCUGCAUCAUUUUGAUCUGGAUAUACUCUUGUCUGAUCUUCUUGCCUUCCUUUUUUGGUUGGGGAAAACCUGGUUACCAUGGAGAUAUUUUUGAAUGGUGUGCUACCUCCUGGCUAACUAAUGCCUAUUUUACUGGCUUUAUCGUGUGCUUACUAUACGCUCCCGCUGCCUUUGUCAUAUGUUUCACCUAUUUCCACAUCUUCAAAAUUUGCCGGCAGCACACCAAAGAGAUAAAUGACCGGAGAGCUCGAUUUCCUAGCCACGAAGUGGAUGCUGCUGGGGAGACUGGGCACAGCCCCGAUCGCCGCUAUGCCAUGGUUUUGUUUCGGAUAACCAGUGUGUUCUACGUGCUGUGGCUCCCCUAUAUCAUGUACUUUCUGCUGGAGAGCUCUAGGGUGUUGGAGAACCCAGCGCUUUCCUUCUUAACAACAUGGCUUGCUAUAAGCAAUAGUUUCUGCAACUGUGUGAUAUAUAGCCUCUCCAACAGCGUUUUCAGGCUGGGACUGCGGAGACUGUCAGAGACAAUAUGUUCAUCUUGUAUGUGUUUAAAAGACAGGGAUGUGCGGGACCCUAAACCAAGAAAACGGGCUAAUUCCUGCUCCAUUUAA